AUCUCCCAGCGCCGCGAAGGAAACAGAGAAGCCGCGCCGUGCUCAAGCAACGAGCCCCCACCGCGCCGCAGAAGAAGUCCCGCGGGGAUCCCUACUUCCUACAGACUUGCGGAAGGCUGCCCCAUGGCCCUGCUGCUCCGCAGAACGACGAUGAGGGCCCUGCUCCGCCGGGGCUCCACCUGGUCGCGAUCGACGGAACCGGUUCCUCCCGCCUUCCUCACGAGCCUCGACAACCCGCAGACCUACUUCGACUCCUCGGAACUCCGCGCCGUCGGCGGCCUCGAGACGCAGCCGCAGUCAUUAACCGCGGAGACGGAGAAGGUUUUGCAUGAUGAGGCCUGGCGCGGCGUCGCCAAGAAACGCGGCCUGCUCUUCGAAUCCAUGGUCGAACGCGACAUCGCGACGCAGGGCGCCUUCGCGCCCGCGGCCGUCAUGCGGUCGCGCCACCCCUGA